UUCACAAAAAACUACUAAGAAAAAAUUGGAAUAUAAUAUUCUUCAUGAUGGAACAAAGAAUCCUUGCAUUAUAAAAACCAGUAUUUGAGGCUAGUAUGCUCCAAGAAUUUUUUCCUCCUUAGAAGCUUCUUCCUUUUUUUUUUUUUUUCCCCUCACUUAAUCACUAUGCUAUCAUUAAUUCACUUUUAUGGUUAUAAUAUUCCUUUUGCAAAGGUGAUCAAGUUUUCUCCUUUAAAAUCCAAGACAAGAGCCUUUGGUUUCUUUGAAGGCAACAAUUCACACAUUUACUUAGCCAAUAUGGAACAAGAAAGAAAAGAAAGAGUUCAAGAGAGAUCAAUGGAUAUUAGUCUCAAAGACCUUUCUAAGCAACUUGAAGGAAAAAUGGAAGUUCAAGAGAGAUCAAUGGAUAUUAGUCUCAAAGACCUCUCCAAGCAACUUGAAGAUUUUGCUAAGGUUAGGAAUUGGGAGAAAUAUCACAGCCCUAGGAAUUUGCUACUUGCCAUGGUAGGUGAAGUAGGGGAGUUAUCAGAGAUAUUCCAAUGGAAAGGAGAGGUGGACAAAGGGUUGCCAAAUUGGGAGGAAUCAGAUAAAGAGCAUCUUGGUGAAGAGUUAUCUGAUGUAUUGCUCUAUCUCAUAAGAUUGGCUGAUAUUUGUGGCAUUGAUCUUGGUGAUGCUGCUGCUAAGAAAAUGGUCAAGAAUUCUAUCAAAUAUCCUGAGCCCAAAGUCUUUUGAUAAAUGUUUUUUAAUUACUAAUAGUGUAUUUGAAGAGUAUUUUUUUUUUUUUUUUUUUUU